AUGCGAUCUAAUUCCAUUUUUUACAAGGAGAUUGAUAGUCCAGUGGUCAAGAAAAAUACUAUAACACGCCCACCAUCCAACGAAUCCUCCUCUACAAAUUCGGAUUCUUCUCCGAAGAAAAACAAAAAGAGUUUUCUUCGUUCCUUGUUUUCUAGCGGUUCCAACCACCAACAUCAAACCGACAAAGGCCUUUGCUCCACCCUUCAUCAAAUUUGGAUCGAGUAUUACGAAGUCUGUCUUCGCAAGGAAGAUGUCGACCACUUUAACCCCGGUUACUGGAUCCUUGACACAAACAUCGAUUUCUAUUACGAAAUUCUUCUCCGUCAGGUCCUUUUAAAACAGGCUCCCGAAAACAGCGGUCAAAUCUAUCUUCUUCGUCCUGCCAUGGUCUUUUUCCUCGCUCAGGCCCCCGAUCCCGCCGACAUCGUCUCCGCUCUCCCGCCUGCCAUGUUUAAUGCCAAAUUUAUCUUUUUACCCAUCAACGACACAAAUGAAUGCGGUAUCGAAAGCGGCUCGCACUGGAGUUUGCUGGUCAUUUCCAUCGAAAAGGGUUUAGGCUGGUAUUACGAUUCCAUGUCCAAUGGCAACACAAACGAUUGUAAUCUUGCCCUCAAAAAUCUCGGCAUCCUCUUUAAAAAAGAAUUCCGCAUUCGACACAUGAAAACCCCUCAACAGAUUAACCAUUGCGAUUGCGGUUUACAUGUUUGUGAAAACACCCGGAUUCUCAUGUAUCGACUCUUGCAAAAGCCUUACAUCCCGCGUGUCGACAUGAGCAUCGAAAACACAAGGGUAGACAGUCAUCGUAUUCGGAAAAACAUGAUGCAAAUUAUCACUGGUCUCAUUACAGAGUAUGGGUCGAAAAUACCCAAUUCACCAGAUUUCGCUCCUGAUCCCGAAAAGGAUAGCAGAAUAUUUUCACGAAUCUUUGAUACUGUGCUUUAUGACGAUAGCUUUUCAGAAAAAUUGAAGGAGCCAUUGCUUUCUCCGUCCUCGUCCUCCACUGAGAACCCAAAACAUAGGCCCAAAAGUGCCACCGCCGUUCCAGUGAAUAAUCCCCUUUUCGAAACCACUUCACCGAUGAUUGGAAGGGCGGAAACACUGCCACAUGCCCAUCAAUCCAUCGAGAUUCACUAA